AAUUUCCUCCCAGGCCUCCGUGGGGUUAUGUAUAAAGGCCCCCCUGGAGCUGGGCCCCAAAACAGCCCGGAGCCUGCAGCCCAGCCCCACCCAGACCCAUGGCUGUACCUGCCGCCCAGAGCCCCGUGAAGCUGAUGGGUGAGUGUCUUGGCCCAGGAUGGGAGAGCUGCCUGCCCUGGCAUGGGAGGGAGGCUGGUGUGACAGAGGGGCUGGGGAUCCCCGUUCUGGGAACGGGGAUUAAAGGCACCCAGUGUCCCCGAGAGGGCCUCAGGUGGUAGGGAACAGCAUGUCUCCUGAGCCCGCUCUGUCCCCAGCCCUGCAGCUGCUGCUGUGGCACAGCGCACUCUGGACAGUACAGGAAGCCACCCCCCUAGACCCUGCCAGCUCCCUGCCCCAGAGCUUCCUGCUCAAGUGCUUAGAGCAAGUAAGGAAGAUCCAGGGCGAUGGUGCCGCGCUGCAGGAGAAGCUGACAGGCUGCUUGAGCCAACUCCAUAGUGGCCUAUUCCUCUACCAGGGGCUCCUGCAGGCCCUGGAAGGGAUCUCCCCUGAGUUGGGCCCCACCUUGGAUACACUGCAGCUGGAUAUUGCCGACUUUGCCACCACCAUCUGGCAGCAGAUGGAAGACCUGGGAAUGGCCCCUGCCCUGCAGCCCACCCAGGGUGCCAUGCCAGCCUUCACCUCUGCCUUCCAGCGCCGGGCGGGAGGCGUCCUGGUUGCCUCCCAUCUGCAGCGCUUCCUGGAGCUAGCGUACCGCGUUCUACGCCACCUUGCCCAGUCCUGAGCCAAGCCCUCCCCAUCCCAUGUAUUUAUCUUUAUUUAAUAUUUAUGCCUAUUUAAGCCUCAUAUUUAAAGACAGGGAAGAGCAGAACGAAGCCCAGGCCUCUGUGUCCUUCCCUGCAUUUCUGAGUUUCAUUCUCCUGCCUGUAGCAGUGAGAAAAAGCUCCUGUCCUCCCAUCCCCUGGACUGGGAGGUAGAUAGGUAAAUACCAAGUAUUUAUUACUGUGACUGCUCCCCAGCCCUGGCUCUGCAGUGGGCACUGGGAUGAGCCACAGUAAGCCCCUGGUCCCGAGGGUCCCCACCUGGGGCCCUUGAGAGUAUCAGGUCUCCCACGUGGGAGACAAGAAAUCCCUGUUUAAUAUUUAAACAGCAGUGUUCCCCAUCUGGGUCCUUGCACCCCUCACUCUGGCCUCAGCCGACUGCACAGCGACCCCUCGAUCCCUUUGGGUGUGAGGUCCCUGGACAAGCAGAGGCAGCCAGAGCUGGCACGCAUGACCCUGGGGUCCCACGAACUUGCUGGGGAAUCUCGUUUUUCUUCUUAAGACUUCUGGGACAUGGUUUGACUCCCCGCAUGAGGAACUCAGGCAUCACCGACGUGUCUCCUGUUUUUCUGGGUGCCCUCGGGACACCUGCCCUGCCCCCAUGAGGGUCAAGACUAUGACUCUUUUUAGGGCUGGGCAGGUGCCUGGACAUUUGCCUUGCUGGACGGGGACUGGGGAUGUGGGAGGGAGCAGACAGGAGGAAUGAUGUCAGGCGUGUGUGUGAAAGGAAGCUCGACUGUCACCCUCCACCUCUUCACCCCCAACUCACCAGUGUCCCCUCCACUGUCGCAUUGUAACCAAACUUCAGGAUAAUAAAGUGUUUGCCUCCA